AUGGGCUCUUCUAUCCAUCCCAGAUACCUUCCAUCUCCAGUCAUUCGACAAAUAGAGGUCAAUACGGACAAGGACGAUCCGAAUACCUCAAUAUCUAACCCGGAUUUUCAUUUUUUGCCGUCGAGGUCGGUCAGUAUAUUUGGUGGUCAGGUGGUUGCCCAGGCUAUACUAGCUGCUCAUGCCACCAUCGACCCUGGUCUAGAUAUCCAUUCGAUUCAUUGUAGUUUCAUUGAUAAGACGGACCCGAAACAGGCCCUGAUAUAUCGUGUUUCCAACGUCAGAACAGGGAAUACGAUUGCAAAUCGUCUCGUCAAUGUCUUCCAGCAUACAAGGCUGGUCUUCAUGGCGACGAUGUCCUUCCAUCUUUUUGAGAAAGAACCUGUACUCAAGCACAACCGCGGCUUGCCAAGCACUUUUCCUCCAUUUGAAAUCAUGAAUCCAGUCAAAAGAUCGGAUUACUAUCAAAUGAUCUUCCAAGACGGUUUGAAGGAGAACGAGGAAGUUCUCUUGGCGGCUUUGGAGGUCAAGCAUUUGAUGCCUAACCCCACUGUCCUUCAUAUUGAAUUGGCAAAGUUGAAGGAUUUCUUCAAAGAGACUCCUAACGUACCUCUUGCCGGUACAGGAUUGAGUAAAACUUACCGUUUCUUCGAAGAGUCGCUCCGUUCUGGCAGUCUGGCUAAGGUAGUGGCCGAGGCCCCGUCGACAACUUCGAAGAUCAUUUAUCAGUAUAUGAAAGUGAACGGUGAACUUCCAGAAAGCCGGGCCUACCAUACUGCAGCAUUUGCAUUCGCGAGCGAUGCUUUCUCAAGUCAGCUCCCCGCAGUUCUAGUCUCAAACAAGGAUUUGCUAUGGAUCACAUCCUUAGACCAUACAAUCUACUUCCACAAACCUGUUAACCCAUGUGAUUGGCUCGCUGUUGAGAACAUUGUUUCUGUCGCUGAUGCAGGCAGAAGCCUUGUCGAGAUGAGGUACUGGAAUAAAGAUGGCGAACUCGUCGCAACUGUUAUGCAGGAGGGCCUCUUCCGCGGUAAGAAGAAGGCGAAACUUUGA